UUCUUACAGUAACCUUUCAAUACUUUUUUAAAUUACUUUAAUUGUUUUUGUUGAUUAAAAAAAAAAAAAAAAAAAAAAUUUUAAUUUCAACUUUUAGCUGUUAUUUUUAUUUGACAUUGCCUGUCUUUGUUUUUAAUAAAAAGCUUUAAAAACAAUUUUUGUUGCUUAAUUCAAGUUAAAACUAACUAGCGAUUUAAGGCGCGUAAUUUUUAAAUUUUCUUCAAUUCACAAUAACAUUGCAAAAUGUUUUCUAAAUCUAAAACAAAGAGGUUUCAAGAUCCAGUAUCAUGUGCACCUCCACCAGGAUCGUAUAAUAUUCCAGAUAUUAAAAAAGUUAAUCUUGUCAGUUUUGACAAAUCUAAAAGAUUCAAUGAACCAAAAGAUGUUUCAUCUAGUAUUUUAUCAUCGUCUUCAGAAAGUAGCUCUAUGGCAAUUUAUAACCAAUCAACAUGCAAAAAACCAUCUAAAAUUAAAAAAAUCGUAGUUAGUGAAAAGUCGUUAUCUGUUAAAGACAUAUCGCUAGAUAAUGACAUGUGCAGAAAGUCAUUAGAAGCUGAUAUGGAGUUUCAAGAAUCUAAAGUAAAUUCUCUGCUUCAACAAAUUCAAACACUUGAAAAGCAAAUGGAAAGUUUAAAAGUGUUUUCUUCGGAAUUAGAAGAAAGUAAUUAUAAAUUACAUGAAGUCAUAGAAAGCCUGCGUCAUGAAAAAUUAUCAAUUCAAAAUGAAAUGAAUUUAUUAUCUAUCAAGCUAAAGGAAAACUUAGAAAAAUAUGACAAAGAAAAAGCUGAAAUAAUCGAACAAAUAAAUUUGCAACAUAAUAGGGUUAUUGAAAAUUUAAACGAGGAACAUUUUCAAGAAAAUGAAACUUUAAAUCAGAAACUUGUUUUGUUGCAAGAUUUAAAUUGUGAUUUUCGUGAGCAACUCGAAAGCAUUGAACAAACAAUGUCUGAAAAUCUUCUUGGUAUUACAAAUAAAUAUGAAGCUUUAGAGAGUACCUUAAGUUAUGUGCAGAAAGAUUACAGUAAGCGUUUAGAGAACUCUAAUUUAAUGUUGGAUCGAGCAAAUGAAGAGCACAAAAGAAGCGAAAAAGAACUUGAAUCAAUGAUCCAAAUUUCAAAUUCGUUAAAAAAAGAGCUUCAACAAAUGGCAGACCAAAAUAACAUUCAAAUGCAGAAACUGAAUGAGAAAGAGUUAAUAUUGAAUGAACAUAAGGAAAAUGAAAAAGUUUUAUCCAUAACUGUAAAAGCAUUAGAAGAAUCAAAAAAUUCUUUAAGUUUAGAAUUGGAAAAGUUAAUUUCAGAGUUACAGAGAACUCAAGAACAAAGUGUUUCUGAACAAGAGAGGCUAGUUCGUGAAAUAGAGUACAUUAAGAGUUUGUCAAUUAGAACAAAAGAAAAAGCAGAAAGAUUAGAAGAAGAAAAUGAAAAUUUAAAAAACUCAUUGGAUGAAAAAAGUACAAUCAUUUCAGAAUUGUAUAAGAAAUUAGAAACAACAAAAGUAGAAGAAGAUAUGAAAUCAAAAUCUUUACUACAGGAUGUUAAAGGAUACAAAGAAGAAAUAACUAUGUUAUGUAACCAAUUGCAAAGUUUAAAAGAAGAGUUUCUAGUGAAGCAAAGGGAAAAAGAUGAGGUUAUUAAAGAAUCAAAGAUAAUGCACGAAGAAGUUGUAAGGCGAUUGAUGGAAACUCAAAUUAAACUUACCAAAGCUGAAGAAAUAAAGGAACAUCCUGAGAUUCAAAAUCAUGAUAAUUAUCUCCAUGAAGAAAUUAAGUCAUGGAAAGAAAAAUAUGAUGUUUUGGUAGAAAAAACUGGACCCUUCAUGGAUCAGUUAGAUAAAUUCCAAGCAGAAAAAGAUAUUUUGCUUUAUGAAAAUGCUGCAUCUCAAGUUGAGCUUGGUAAAUUAUCGGAGAAGUAUGCAAUGUUGCUAGGACAUCAAAAUAACAAACAGAAAAUCCAUCAUGUACGAAAGCUGAAAGAAGAAAAUUGUUCUCUUAAAAUGGAAGUACUAAAAUUGAAAAGUGUUAUUGCUAAAUUUCAGAAAGAAAGUUCCUCACAAUCAAAACGAUUAAUUGAUGAUCUUUCUACUAGUGUCUUACGUCAGCCUUUAAAAGAAGUUAAUUCUUGAAAAGGAAGAAUUUUACAAAAUGAAAUUUUGCAGUGCCCAAUACUUGUUU